CCAUAUCAACUGAGCAAACGUUAGUUGUUAGCUAGAACCGAGCUAAGUGCUUUUUUGCUAUGAAUUUAGACAACGAAGAAGGACCAAUCCUAGUUACAGGGCCCAAUGACGAAGCUCUAGAUAUAUUCAACAGUACGUUGAUGGAGGUUGCAUCUCCAGAGAUCAAAGAGAGGGACAGAGAACCACGAGUGCUUGCAAGCUAUGAACUGCUUAGAAAAGAUUUGAAUUUCAGAGAUGCCAAGUACUUCCUGGUGAUGCCACGUGCAAGCCGCACUCUCGUUUACAUAGAAGGUCACCGCUCUAGCAUGUAUAAAGAAAUCCAACACAUGUGCUCAACUAAUAAAGAUGGCAAAAAACGAGUUUUUAUCGUACUGUAUCGAAACGAGGACGUUCCAGGAGGCUGUCUGUACGAUAGCCAGAUCAAGUACUGGUGGGAUCCUGGACCCCAAAAGGAACUCGAGCAGUUUGCCAAAAUGGGCCAUCUCAUCUCCUUCCAAAGCAAACCAAACAGAAAACAGGAAAAUGCUAUACGCGAGUUUUUGGGAUACAAACCACGCCCUACUCUAUCUUCAUCACAACGACAAAAUGUUUGCGAGGUUCCAGCGAGUCGCAGGCGGUGUUCCACUAUGCGUCGCUGUAAAGCACAGACAGAUAUGGCGUGUGCACCAACUAUUAUGCUAAUUUUAGCUGCUUUGUGUCUCAUUGGUAUUUAUUUUACGUGGCAAUAGGUCCAUCAGAGUUGAAUUCCGAUAAAAAGACUUACAGAAACACUUCUGCGAAUGUUGAAAGAAAGCAUCUAACAAAUCCUACAACAGAAGUUCUAACCAACGUUAGAGAAAGAUGCCCAUAGACGCUAAACAAGAAAUGCCAAUGAUUGAUAAAAAAGAGAUGCCAAUAAACGGUACAACGAGCAUGCCAAGAAAAGGAGUGCUAGUAAACGCUGACAGAGAAGUACCAAUGAACGCUAGAAUGAUAAGGGAGUCCGUUUUUCUCGCGAGCAUGCCUAACCUAGCUUGCUUCUGAAUUAUUAUAGGCAGGCUCCUAGGCAAAUCUUAACUUAGGAAUAAAUUUGUCAA